GCCCAACAUUUAGUUGCAGAGAUUCUGCCGAACACACAGGCGCUGUGCAGUGCAGAGAAAGUAAUAGUAUUAAUUAAAAUUAUUGAACAAACCGCGGCCGGCGAAUAAAUUAUAAUAAUUGGCAGUGCGAGCGAUAAAUUAAACAGCCAAAAAAUGCCGAACAUUGUCGCACUAAAGCUGGGCGCCAGCUAUUCGCUGAUGGCGGGUCACAAGGACGAGGGCAAUAUCCUUGCGUUGGACCAAUUGGCGUUGCAGCAGCAAAUCAGUGCGAAUUUCCUCUUCCACGCGUUCUCGAACUACAAGAAAACGCCAUCCGAGCGAAAAACGCUGGACUUCAUUGCCAAAAAAUGGCUGCACAUCCAGAUGCUGUGGCGCGAGUUUCGGCUGAGGGAUAAGCAAAUACGGCGGCGAGGCCACAAGGAUGCGCGCUUUCUGGAGCACGGCUACUUCCAGCAGGAGCUCUUCGAGCUGGUCCACGAAAAGUAUAUGGUUGUCCGUGGAUUCCUGAGUCGUGACAAAAGAAAUCUGCUCGCCGGUCAGCCAGCAGCACGGCCAUAAUGUUUAUUCAGACGACAAUGGACAGUCGACGGCGACAAGGCGGCGGAAGACCCCUUUAUAAGAAGCAAAAUGGAGCCGGCAGGAAAAGGAUGAGCCAAAAAGGAUUCGGCGACACGUGGAAACUUAUUCCCCUGAAAAAACACUAUUCGAGUGUGUGUGGCCUGCACUGAGUCAACAGCUCGAUUCCGGCCCUGAGAUGAUAUCCGUCAACAGCGAUUCCAUUUCCAUUCCCCAGUGCCAAUUCGAAUUCGAAUCCCAAUCACAAUCCAAUGGGCAAUCAAUCUGACUGGACUCUGGACGCCAUCUAUGCCCAAUGAUUGAUUGCAUUCGGCAAUGCUUACCAUAAUUAUUAUGAUUUGCCAAAAGGUUAUACAAGUCACGCUGAUGACGCCGAUUGGGACGACGAAUUGUAGCCAAAGGCACUUUAACUUUUUCAAAGCACCUUGAAAUUUAAAUAAAGUUUCUUUAACCAUUGCAAAUUUAA